AUGCCUGCGCCUCCUUCACCAGUCUGCCCACCGUUGCUACUUGCAGCACCACCUCGUCCACAACAUUUCUUGGUGCCCUCUUUUCAUCCUCAGGUACCCACUGCUCUUGGUCCUGCUCCUGAUGAUCCUGCACCUGGCCCUGUAGACCCAGACAUCCCACCCAGCGCCCCCGAGGACUUCGCAUCUGCCGCGAGAGAAGCAUCACAUUCCUCGCUUAUUCCUCCCACCGCUCACCCUUCUCAUAUGUACAACCCUCCCACUCCCAAUGCUUUUCCUGCUGAUUCUCCCACAGAUUAUGCGCCAUUCGACGGAGUUGUCACUCAGCGGCCGAGUGGUUCGCACCCCUUCCUGCCAUGCCUCGCACGGGCCCCAUGGGAUUACCAGGGGGCCAUAGAGGAGUACAAGAGGGCUUACCAUGCUUCCAUGGGACUACCGGGAUGCCCCCUGGGGCCCUGCCAGGCCCCCAGUGGACUACCAGAAGGCCCCCCAGGGGCCCCAUGGUAUUACCAGGGCUAA